AUGGAUGGUGUUACUACGUUGCUGGACGGUUUAUCUAGAGUCGUAGGCUCUCUUGCACCUGGCGAUGUCGAGACCACUAAAACCACAAAUCCAACACCCCCCAGCACUGGCAACAUGGACUACACCGCUUACGCCGGUGUCUCAGAUCCGAACCCAGGACAUCCAGCGAGAAGCAGAGGCCCAUUCAAGGCCAAAGUACUCGCAGAAUUCUGUAGCCCGUAUUGCUCCAUCGGUCAGCAGCAACCCUACGGCCCUUGCUUGCUGGACGUGACCAUCAAGCAUGAUGGGAGCCGUCUUGUCAUGAUCAACAAAGCGAGACCAAUCAUCGAUCUGCAAGGAGCAUACGAGAAAGGUGUACCGAUCGGAUUACCACAAAUCUCCAUACAAGACCUAAGCCAUCCAGGUCAGGAACCCGCAUUUUCUCUCCAGCUCGAUCUCUUCUUCGCGGAAGAUCUUUUUCGCCGUAUUGACAUUUCACAAUAUGGCUUCGACCCGCUGCAGGCUGUGUACAUCGAUCCAAAGGAAGGCUUCAAGUUCACGUACACUCUGAAUCAGCCGCUCGAGUAUGUCCAUUCGAGAGCAUUAUGUGGCAUGAUGUCACUGCGAAGCCAUUACAAAUUGGAAGUCGGUCCUCCUGGAAAGCCAAAGUAUGAAGAGCGCCAGUAUCCAUAUGAGGCGGCUCAUUUCGAGACGGUGCCUAUCGAGCUGGAGGCGACUACCAGAGGACGAUUUGAGUUGGUGGAUUGA